CUCCACAUUUCUCGUUUCGAUUUGGCCGCCAGUUGUGUUUUUGAUUGCUCUGCGUGCUGUUCGCUCCUCCAAAUCUCCGUUACUCCGAUUUUACGAUUCUUCGCGCCUACUCUAACACCCAUUCAUCCGUUUGUUCGCUUGUUUGUUUUUUUCGCUGCACUUUUUGCGCGCGCGCAACUGCCGAUAAACGAAGAAAAAAGCAGAAGAAAAUCAUUAAUAAACUGUAAAAGUGCAAUAUUAAUAGACGAUCUUGUGAAUGUCUCUAAAUUGAAACAUUUACUUUCGUUUACUAUUUUUUUUUUAAUUUUGUUCUGUUAAGUGUUCGUAAAGCAUUUUUGCAGUCAACGCAAAAAGAAACUUUUAAGCAAAAUGCAGCAGAAAGUUGAAGAGAAAAUCGAUCCCCUGAGACGCAUUCAGGAGGAGAUCAAGGAGGUAGUGCGGCGCGAGGAGGAAUACCGCCAGCUGGCUACGUUCUCGUCCAGCACCACCACCAUUACUUCCGCCAACUCAACGCAAUUGGUGGACUUUGAGACAUACACGGUGAAUGGCAAUGGGCUUGACUUUGAAACGAAACUGGAGCAGGAUGACGAGCAGGAUCAGGAACAAAAUCAGGAACAGGGCGUCUUGGUUACCGCCCAACCAGCUGCCGUGCAGACCACCUCGCUUCUGCUGCCCAUCGACGAGCUGUCCAACACACCAUCGCUGGCCUCCAGCGUGAAUAGCGCCAAAGAGGAGAGUCUCGAUGGCCAGCACUCGGAUGAUUCGGGCAUUUCGGCUUCGUCGCAGAGCAAAACCAAUACGAAUGUUACCAAGCAGCCACUUAAGCUGACCGUGGUGACCCGCCAGGAGCAGCGCUACAUUGGACCCAAUUGCUAUAAUCUGACGCCAGAGCCGCCGCAACAGAAGCUGAUCACCAGGACCAUAUCGACGCCCCAGCUAAGUGGUUUGCCACAGAAGCGUCAGUUUGCCUUUGGUGGCGCCACCAAGGGUGUAAUGCAGCGUUUUAUAGCCUCGCAUGGCAAAUUGGCACCGACCAGCCCAUUGCCACCAGCCUCUCCAUUGACCCUGACCUUGGCUACCAAUGGAAAUGGAAAUACUGGUGUUGGUGGUGGAGCAAUCGUCAAUGGUCAGAACAAUAAUAGCACCACCCUCAAGUUGAAUACCCGCACGGCAAUGGCAUUCCUGGAAUCGGGCGGUUCAGCUUCGGCCAUCACCUCGGUCACCCUAUCGCCGGCGGCCAUCGAAAGAGAUUCGGAAGGCAGGCCCCUGCGACGGGGCUAUGUGCCUGUCGAGCAGAAGAUCCAGCGUGAGCUCCAGGACCUCAAGUCACGCGAAACGGAGCUGAAGCGCCUGCGUAAGAUCAACAGGCAGAACACCCUGAAGGCCUCCCUGGACAAGCUGCAACUCAGCACAGACGAUGAGGCUGAUGCGGAUGAUGAUGACGAGGAUUCCGAGGUGGAGCACUGUUACGGUCCGGGCAAACUGCGCAAUGCCCAGUCCACACAGGAACUGGAUAGGAAUGGAAACGAGCAGGAGAUUGUCCACAAGCCCUCGGGAAAUCGCAGCCUGAAUGCAGCCGCCUAUAUAACCAAUGGUAUCAGCAAUGGCAAUGGCAAUGGAAUGCGUCCGGCGAUGUCGCUGGCCCAGCUUUGUGAUCUGACACCGGAGGAGGCGCCCUCGUCGCGGGGCUUGAUCGCCCAGUGGGAGAACCUGAUCAAAAAGAAUGCCGAAGUCGGUGUGGUAGAGGCGAUCAUCUAAGGAAUGUGGGUCAGGAACCCCUUAAAAAAAAGAGAAAAAAAGAAAAGAAAAAAAAACAAACAAACUUACACACACACCAACGAUCUGGUGCAGAGCAGACCAAAUUAUUAUUGUAGUGUCCACACUUGAUCCUCCUUCCACUUCUCCAUGUCCACGUCCACGUCUACGUCCACGUCUUCGUCCUCCUGCGAAAAGCUGCUUAUCAACGAAUUAAUCUUAACGCCACAACCAAUGGGAAUUGAAAUUAUGUAACUAAAUUGCAUUAUCCCUGUACUUAAAGCGAUUUAAAAUGUAACUUAUAAUGUGUACGUGAACUAUCCGAGAACUCUAUUGUAUAUAUAUAAUUCUUCGCGUUUCCAGUGCGAGUGCAGUCGUCUUGCUUAUAAUUUAUUACAAAUCAACUUUAUAUAUACCUUAAAAAAAUAUAUAUAUGUAAACAAAAUACUAUAUGUACGAAAUCAAUAUACGAAAAUGAUUUAAUAAAAUUAUAAAAAAAGCCAAAACUAUGUAAAGGAAAGUUCUGUAAAGUUCUGUGGGAACUAUAAUUAAGUUGUAAAAACCAAUGUUGUCAUUUCUUAUAAAAAAAAUUCUGUAUUUCCACCUAAA